UAAAAUAUAUUAAAAUUCUUUCAAAUAUGUUAUGUUUUUAUUCAAACAUUCAACACUUUGUAGAAAAUUCUCUAACCCAAUUCUGCUAAAACCACAAUUAAAUUUUUUUUUUCAAAUACAUAUGUUAUAUUUUACAUUCAAAUAUGCAAUAAUUUAUUAGAUUCUCUAACCUAAUCCGCCAAAUUGUUGUUAAAUUCUCUCAACCACAUACCUGUCAUUAAUACCACCGUUAAAUCAACGCAUGCAUAAUUUAACAAUCAAUUUGAAUUAAAUUAGGCCUAGAUUUUAUUACCACAAUACUAAAUGAUUUCCUUCCAUUACGCUCCUACAUAAAUAUUAUCAAUGCUUGAGGAGAGUAGUGUAACAUGAGUAGUGUGCGCAACAGUAGACGUUUUAAACUUCAUUCAAAGGGUUCAUACUGGCGAACUGUUUCUAACUUUACCUAUGCGCUUUCUGUUGCUGUUGUUGCCUCAUUGUUGUGCCACUAAGUUACGCAAAGCGCGUUGCAAGCUUACCGUUGCCGUUAAUUCGAAUUUUUCGAUAUAAAUAGCUGCCACAGCCAACGACAAUGCAUCAAAGUAACAGCAGCAACAGUUAGUGCAGCAUCAGUGUUAGCGUCGCAAAACAUAAAAAUGAAAUAUCUGCAAAUUUUCUUCCUUGUCAUCAUUUGUGUUGCGGCAUGUCUAGCAGCGGUUGCCGAACCGGAGGAUGCUAGCGCCUUGGAGGACAAAAAAAACAAUAAACGUGGUAUCUUCGGCUUCGGUUACGGACACGGCUAUGGUCACGGUUAUUAUGGCGGCUAUGGCGGCUACGGUGGCGGUUACGGUGGUGGCAUUGGCCAUUACGGUGGCUAUCCACAUUAUGGCGGUGGUUAUGGUUUCCACGGUGGUCCAAUCUACGGUGGACAUGGCUACUUUCCUUACCAUGGUGGUUACUAUGGCGGCUAUCAUUAAGUGGCACAAAAGCACUUACAAACAUACAUUUAUAAAUUAAUUGCUGCAUAGCUUAAUAUCGACACUAACGUCAUGAAGUGUGCGAUUAUAACGGUUCUUGUUUGUGUAAAAUUUUGAAUUUUCAACAUAAAAUAAAGAUUUUUAAUAAAAAAAUA